GCGGAGCGGGGCUGUUGAUACCACAGCUGUGAUCACACGCCACAGAGGCGCGCCAAGAGACGGACUGCACAGGCUCCACCACCAGCCACUCUCACGACACACCAAGCCACCACUUGCUGUAGUGCAAUUCUCAGGAUCAGGUUUAGGCAGGCUGUGGACCAGUCUUUGGGGAUACAGUAACUGCUGUGUGAUUGGCGGUUUGUCUGAUACAACAGAGAGAAACAAGAUAAGGAGAAGAACAUACUAGAGGAACCUUGGAUAAUCUGGAGAACGUCCUGCUUUACACAGAGACUAUGAUAACGCUAACAGAACGCUAAAGGAAACCGAAUGGAAUGCUGAGUGAGGUCAUGUAGCUGCCCUCUGACACCCCUGCAUGUGACUACGCCUUCUGCGUCACCCCGGCUUUUCUAAUUGGCUGGUUUGGAGAGCGACGGACCAAUGGAGAAGAGUGCUGAGGAGCUGAACCUCUCGUUCCUGCUGGAGCAUGAGCGAGAGAUGAUCCUCGGAGUCCUGCAGAAGGAUGAGAAACUGAGGAAACUAGAGGAGAAGAGGAUACGGAAGCUGAAGAAUGAGCUGGUGGAGAUCAGGCGUAAGGGUUCGCGGCGCCCCCAAGAGGUUGGGGAGCGUCAAUGCGCCCGUUGCCUGAAGGGCCUGGGCCUGAUUUUCGACCGCGGGGAGCUCUGUGAGCAGUGUCUACAGCGUGUCUGCAGCGACUGUCGCGUGAUGGCCCCUAAAGCAAAGCAUUGGAAGUGCUCCAUCUGUGCCAAAGUCUUGGAGCUGAAGGUGGUGACCGGGGAGUGGUUCCUAGAGGAGCGGUCCAAGCGGUUUGACAAGGGGACAGUGCUCAGCAGUGAUGUGGUCAAACAGUCUAUCAUGAGCAGCCCCGCAGGAAGCCCCCAUAGGAAGUCCCCAGUGCCAGCUGACUCACCUGAGAGGCCUGACACCCCAAAAUCAGGAAGAAGUGCCGUGAGGAACCUGGUGGAUGGUGCCAAGAGGAAAGGGAAAGGGAUAUUGAUGGAUAAGAAGGGCAGCCGUCCCAGCCUGAAGCCAGAGAACGGGGUGCAGGGUAGGAGUGUGUGUGCUCCUGUCCCCGACACAGACACACACAGCGUACGCAGUGCCCGGUCUGCACCACGCUCCACAACCCGCUCUGCGCCUCACUCACAUAGGGGUAGUGUUGUGGCUCUGGAGUCUUCAGGGAUACGUACUGUACCUAACAACCUGCGCUCCCAAACCCUGGAGAGGGACAGGUCCCCUACACCCAGCAGCAAGAGCAGGAGGGUCAGGCCGGACGGAGCGGAGAGCGUGGCUAGUUUCCGCUCCAGCGACAGCGUGUUUGACAAGAUGUCCGACACCGUCACCGGGCAUAGCUGGACAGGGUCUGAUACCGCCCCACCCACCAUUGCUGUCUCCAGGGCCUCUGUGUCAUCAGAUCGUAGUCGUUCUGAGGUGGACCUGUCUGUUCCUGGUUCUGCCAGUGAUGAGGCCCUCAGUCUGAGGAGCCGCUCCGUUCCUGGGCUCAAUGACACGGAGUUUGAUGAUAAUGAUAAAGACGAGGACAUCGAUGCUCUGAUGUCGGCACACAGCAAGACCGCCAGCCGACGCAUGAGCUGCGCUGUGUCUACGUCUUCUACUCCCGGCUCAGAGAGAAAAUGGGGCUACCUCAGUGUUCCUGGCGACUCAGACGCAGAAACUAGCAGUCUGAACAGUAUGAUGAGUAUGUACAGUGAGACUGGUGACUAUGGCAACGCCAACGUGAGUGGCGAGCUGCUGUUGAACAUCAGCUACAGCUAUAAGACAGGCGCUCUUAACGUCCUGGUGAAGGAGUGUCGCAACCUGGCCACCGGGGAUGAGAAGAGGCAACGCACAGAUGCCUAUGUGAAGGCCUACCUCCUCCCAGACAAGUCUCGCCAGAGCAAGAGGAAGACCAGCAUCAAGACCAACACAAUCAACCCUGUAUUCAACGAGAACCUUAGGUAUGUGAUCAGCCACUCCCAGUUGGAAACACGAACGCUGCAGCUGUCUGUGUGGCACCAUGACCGCUUCGGACACAACAGCUUCCUGGGGGAGGUGGAGCUGACCUUUGACUCCUGGGAGUUUGACAGCAACACGGAGGAGUGGUACUCUCUGCAGCCCAAGCUGGACAGUAGUAUGGACUCCACGCUCCAGUAUAAAGGGGAGCUGACCGUGGUUCUGAAGUACAUCCCUGCAGAGAAGAACCUCAUGCUACCCCUGGACCAGGUCCAAGUGAAGAAAGGCUUUCUGAAAGGAAAGAAGACCAGCAUCAAGCUGCCUAAAGGAGGUAUGGUGGAACUUCUGGUCAAGGAGGCCAAGAACCUGACCUCUGUCAAGUCUGGAGGCACUUCAGACCCCUUUGUGAAAGGGUACCUGCUCCCUGACAACAGUAAGUCCACCAAGCACAAGACGGUGGUGGUGCGUCGCUCGGUCAACCCCCAGUGGAACCACACCUUCACCUACUGUGGCCUGCAGGCCGGAGACCUGAACAACGUGUGUCUGGAGCUCACCGUCUGGGACAAGGAGGCUCUGGCCAGCAAUGUAUUCCUGGGGGGAGUCCGACUCAACGGAGGGACAGGCCAGAGCUAUGGGAACGAGGUGGACUGGAUGGACUCGUACGGAGAGGAACAGCGGCUAUGGCAACGCAUGAUUGACAACCCGGAGGUCCCCCAGGAGUGUACACUGAUGCUGAGAUCCAGCAUGUGCAAGCACAACACAUGAGAUGGAGGGAGGGAGGGAAAGAAGGACAAAAGAAAAAGGGACAGAGAGAGGUGGCAGAAAAGGGAGAAACAGUGGAUGGAAAGGGGGGGAGAGAAAAAAAGAGAAGAAAAGAAAGAGAAGGACAUUGGUUGACAGUGCUCCAUGUCCAAGCUCUAUCCCGCAAUACAGAGCUGAUGACAUCACUCCACUUCCUGACCCUUGAACCCUAACCUCUGAGCUACCCUGAUCCUGCACUGGGGUUCAUAGUCCUCUACCUGGUACAGAGGUCAACCAGUCAUGCCUUACACACACAUGGCCAUACCCAGCCAAGACCAAGCACUGCUGCUACUAUUACUACUACUACUACUACUACUACUACUACUACUACUACUACUACUACUACUACUACUGUACAUUAUGACAUGUCCAGGUAACUGCUAAAAUAAUAGAAACACUUGAGUAAAUGAGAGAUACAAAGUAUAUAUCCCUCCAAUAGAGUUCCAGACACUCCUAGAAGGUGGUGGCCCAACGCCCUAUUAAGACACUUUAUGUUGGUGUUUCCUUUAUUUUGGCAGUUACAUGCAUGUAACAUAAUGAACAAGCACAUUGUCCUUUGUAUGAUCUGAUCUGACUAUGCACAACACUCUCCUCUCCCUGUGUUGAGACUACUUUAGGUAGAAGUUGUUCUUAACCCCAGAUCUAGGAUCAGAUUGCUCUGACCUGCUCUUAACCAUAACCAUUUAGGGGGAAGAUAAUGUAUCUGAACCCGCAUCAGUGGCUCAGGGUAGCUUUUACCUAGGCUUUGACUCAAUCAGAACCCGCGUUGGCAGACAUCCGCUUAGCGGAUGUUUUGUUUCGUGUCCACAAUAAGCUAACGCAUGGAGCCACCUGUGGAUUUUCAGCUCUAACACAGUUACACUUCAGACACCGCCAAAACAAACGAUAUGGGGAUCUAAUAGAAUCUAGUCCCUUCUCUCAUAAGGUAACUUCUCCAAAGGCACUUAGGGGUUGAUGCAUGCUGAGUAGAUUUAAACAUUCCCAUAGUAUACUG